AAGACACUGCAGUCCCUGCGCUCCACUGAUACACAGUCGUACUUCUUUAGGUAGCUAAAUACUUUAAGGCUGAUAUGAGCAAAGGUGGAACAUGAACUCCAGUCCAUCGAUAGUAUUCGUUAUAUCGGCACUGAACAGAGUUUUGGGCGUGUUAUAAGGCCUAGUAUUGACCACCGAUAGUAAACUGAACUUUUCCGAGACCCAAAGUUGUCAGGCAGCGCAUCUUGCACGCAUGCGCAUCCUUCUAUCCAGCUCUAAAUAAGAGUUAAAACAGAAACGAGGUCAGGGAUAUCAGAGGAGUGGGAAUGACCGACACUCCACCCAGUGAUGGCCCCUCCCAGGGAGCAGAGUUUGACAUGAUGGGUGCUCUGGACUGGAAGGAUGGUAUUGCCACACUGCCGGGCAGUGACAUCAGGUUCCGCAUGACAGAGUUUGGGACUCUUGAGAUUGUCACAGACCUAGAGGUCAAAGGGCAGAAGGCAGAGCCUAAUCGCCAGACCUUGGACCCAGCACAGUCUCACACUCCUACCCCUCCACCAGAGGGCCAAUCACAGACUGGCACAGCCACAGCUCCAGCCAAUCAGAAUCAGCCAGGAUUGUCUCAAUGUAAAGCCCCUGGUCCUGUGCUUCUGUCUUUAGAGGAGGGCCCCAGCAUGGAGGGCCCCAGUGUGGAGGUUGGUCCCAGUGUUGAGGUUGGCUCUAGCGCAGACAUGGGCCCAAAUGGGGAGAUGUCAAGGUGCCGGGCCUGUGGUGGCCAUGUUCACCGGGACGCCCUCCUUCAAGGCAAAUUCUGUAGCUCCAUUUGUGCCCAGCCCUCCAGUGGCAGAUCCUCUCCAGGGGAAGCAAGGGAGAGUCAAAGUGUUGAGUGUGAGAGGCUAGGUAAACGUGUGCGCAAAAAGAGGAAGAUCUAUAUGGAUUCUGGUGAUGAAGAGGAAGACAACCAAGAGGAACCAGAGGAAAAGGCCAAGAGUACCAAAGGCAGAAGAGGUGCCAAAAUUGCCAAACUGGUUACUGCCCCAGCCAAUAAGAAACGGGCAUGGAGCUGGCCAGCUUACUUGGAAGAGGAGAGGGCCAUCGCUGCUCCUGUUAAACUAUUCAAAGAGCACCAGUCGCUUCCUCAAAGCAGGAACAGUUUUAAGGUGGGAAUGAAGCUGGAGGGGCUGGACCCAUCUCACCCGUCUCUGUUCUGUGUACUCACUGUUGCAGAGAUUCAAGGCUAUAGGGUCAGGCUUCACUUUGACGGUUACCCAGAAUGCUACGACUUCUGGGCCAAUGCUGACUCGUGGGAUAUGAAACCGGCUGGCUGGUGUGAAAAGAAUGGGCAUAAGUUAUUGUUGCCUAAAGGUUGUAAGGAUGGAGAGUUUAAUUGGAGCAUGUAUGUGAAGAACUGUAGGGGUCAGCUGGCCCCAAAACACCUUUUCAAGAGCCUCAACACAUCGGUGACUCCAUCUGGAUUUAGAGCAGGGAUGAAGCUGGAGGCGAUCGACAGGAAGAACCCAUCGUUGAUCUGUGUAGCAACCAUUGCUGCUGUUGUUGACAACCGACUGCUCAUUCAUUUUGACAACUGGGAUGACACAUAUGAUUAUUGGUGUGACGCUAGCAGUCCAUACAUCCAUCCUGUGGGAUACUGUGAAGAGGCUGAGCUAACUCUGACCACUCCAGCUGGUAAGACACAGACCAAGACACACGUGGAAUAUAAGCAACCCAAGACUUUCUCAUGGGAGAAAUAUCUGGAAGAGACGGGCACACAGGCUGCUCCUGCGCGCGCUUUCAAACCGCGACCUCCACAUGGCUUUCAGAUUGGGAUGAAAGUGGAAGCUGUGGAUAAGAGGAACCCCAUGCUCAUCCGUGUUGCAACUAUAGCGGACACUGAGGACCACCGACUAAAGAUUCAUUUUGACGGCUGGAGUUCAGAGUAUGACUACUGGGUGGAGACAGACUGCCCUGAUCUGCACCCUGUAGGCUGGUGUCAGAAAACCGGUCACCCACUACAAUACCCUAACGGUUCCAGUGAUUUAGUAACUGCCCCAGGACAAGGAUGUCCUACCCCUGGAUGCAACGGGGUUGGCCACAUUAGAGGACCUCGCUAUGGGACCCACUACACUCAGGUGAGCUGUCCCUACUCAGAGAUGAAUUUUAACAAGGAGGGCUUGCUGCCAGAUCGCCUCAGCGGAGAACGACCCCUCGCCCUCAGUGGACCUCAUCCACGUGGGCGACGUCCGGAUCCUCACACAAACACUACGACACAGACCUCCGCAACGCCAGACCAGCUGGAAGGAGCUGAAGACUCCCAGAACAGGAAACCGGUGACAUUGGAAGCUGAGCGUUUAGGAUGUAACGCUCAGCUGGAGCCCCCGGGUGGAGCCAGUGAGCGGAGCCACAAUGGAACAAGGCCUAAAAGGACGGCUCCAGUUCCCAAAUACCUGAAAAUGCACUACGUUAAAGAGGAGAUUGGCGAUAGUAAAGCCUCUCCAGACGCCAUCUCUCUCCAGCAGGCCCUCCACGAGUCUGUGUUUUCCCCCGGCAUCUCUGCCUCCCCCCCUCACCGGGUAGCUCUCUGCUGGGACAAACACUGCCAGCUGCUGCCUGAGGUCCUAGGGCUGACUGCCAAGAGAGUGGCCACUUGGAGUGCUGAGGAGGUGUCCACUUUUGUCAAAGGUCUCCCAGGAUGUAAAGAACAUGCUGCUACAUUUAAAACCGAGCAAAUAGAUGGCGAGGCCUUCCUGCUGCUCACCCAAGCAGACAUUGUCAAGAUCCUGUCCAUCAAGUUAGGACCCGCCCUGAAGAUUUACAACUCCAUCCUCAUGUUGAAGAACUCAGACGAAGAGUAAGACCAGACUCUACGACUGACAAGGAAUCAUUCCCUCAUCACCGGUCCCUCAGUGUCGGUUUCAUCAACACUCAGCUAGAAGACACGUGAUCAAAUCCGCCAGAACAGGUUUCGCUCUGCAACAGUGCAGCUACACGAGAGAAACAAGUGGAAGCCAUCAUCUCAGAAAAACGUCCAUCCCUGUCCCCUCUCUCCCUCCUCUCUCCAUGAUGGACAGUACUGAUCAACCUGAGGGAGAGUUUUUACAUGAUACAUGAGGAUUCCUUGACUUAUAUCGUGUUUGUUUACUGAAUCAUUUAAAAAAAAAAAACUAAAGGCACCUUCAAUGCUUAACAUUGUACAGUUUCUGAAUUGGAUUGUGUCAUAAUUCUGUUGCAUUUCCUGUUUUAUUUGAAAUGUAAUGAUGCUUGAGCUCAGAGCAGACGAAACAAGAGUGCUUUGUUGCAUUUUACCUAGCAACAGAUGCAUAUUUUUUUUAUUUAUUUUUUUUUUAAAGCUGCAAAAAUACAAUCGUGAGGUGGCGAGAGGUUUUAAAAUGUGAAACCCUGUGGAGCAGAAGCACUAUAUAGUUCAGUCUUUGUCCUAUAGAUGGAGAUGGUGGGCCACUCCACAGGCCUGAAGGCAAGAGAGUUUGAUUAAAUUGGAGUUGACUGAAACUUGAAUUGAAUGGGGGAUGGUAAAUAGUGUGUGUGUGUGUUUGUGUGUGCACGCGCAUGCAAAAGUGACUAAGUGUUUGAGAAAUGAGGAUGUAAUUUCCUAUAAUAGUUUUUUUUUUAUGGUCAGUGGAUUGUUUUGUGACGAGCAGGGCUAAGGGCUAAAGUUGAAUCAAGGAAACUUGCAGUCUUUUUAAGGUGGAAUGAGAUAACAAACCAGCUCUGUUCUUCUCCAUCUGCUUUUUUGUUUUGUUUUUGAGAAUGGCACAUGAAUAUGAAUGUUAAAAAAACAGCUUUCAGUUGUUUUUGUUGAUAUUACCUUGUUUGGUUCAUUCACAUUGUAAAUAGUAUAGAGCUACAAAAGGACUGUCCUCACUCCCUAACAGAGUUUACUCCUGCUUGGUUAUGCAAAGGCUUGACAUCUGUCCACAGGGAAGGACAUUGUGACAGUGAACUGAAAAAUAUGAGCUUCAAUUCAUACAAAGAUUUUGAAAAAAAAAAAGAAAGAAACCUUGUCAGCGUCUUUGUAAAUCAGCGUGUACUUCAGCAACUGUUUAUAUGCAAACAGCUUUUAUUUAUGUCUUCUUAUUUAAAGGGUCAUGGUAUGCUGUCUUUGGCUUUGAGGUAAGCUGUGGCUGUUUGAUGGAAAGCGUGUGAAUGGGUGAAAAUAAAUGAGAUGCACACUG